GCAGAGGUGAUCCCGCUUCCGGAGCACAUUGCUGGGGACUGCAAGGCUGCUGCAGCAGUGAAGAUCGCCGGCACGGAGCUGUUGAUCAGGAUGGACCAAAAGGAGCCUGGGGAUGCCGAGAGCGCCAGGUGCCUGAGCUUGUUGGCAUCCUCAGACAGCGGAGAAACAUGGGAGGCUUUGGAGAGCAUACUUCGCAGAAGGCGACUGCACAAGGUGGUGAGGGCAGCUCCUAUUGCAACACGAACCGUGGAAUUUGCGCCUGACGAGGCCUUGCAGGCUCAAGCCCAAGUAGCUGCAUCCGCCAAACACCAGCCAAAGAGCCUGAGUCUGGCAGAGCUGGCCAAUCUGCCUCUAGAACAACCGUCGUGCAGGCUCUCCGGCCUGCACCGGCCUCCAAAGGUUGGCUUCGAUAGGCCAGUUCCACAGCUACAAGCCUCUUCGGAGACAGGUAUGUACCACCACAAGGCCUCUCCGCUGGCAUCGAGCUCCAGCCAUCGGUAG